AUGAACUCGCGGCAGAAGUGCUGCCUUCACUGCCCGGGCACCUGGGUGUCCUCUCAAGUCCGGAGGGAGCACACCUGCCGGCUACCCACGUACAUAAAGGGUAAUUUGAAGCUCUCGUCGCUAAAGCAGUACGUGGCGGGCGAGGGCGAGAGGCGGGAGAGACUCGCGCGAAAGAACUCGGGAGAGUCUCCGGAGAAGAGAACCAUGUCUAGACAGAAUUCGGUUUGCGACAGAUUCGCGAUAGCCCGGAAAUUUCAUGCUGAGAAUCUGGAGCAUCAGCCACUGCCUGAUAAGGUUGACGACUCGGUUUUCAGGAAUGUCAGGCCUGAUCGGGGAGCCUUACUCAGCAAAUCAUCACCUGAUUUGACGAAAAUCGAUGGCACGAGGGGUCACAAACUGCGUACAUCCCUGCAAUACGGCCCCAGCCUUGGCUGCAAGGUUCCCACCACCAACAUGGACUUAGCCAUCUGCUGGGAGGCACCAAUCGACCCGAACUACGAGCCCACGUGGCCUGUUCACAUCGACGGCUCCGACGGUGGUCCCGCACCAGCUGUCUUCGCCCUAGUCCAGCACGAACCGGGGGACGAGAAGUCCUUCAAAUCCCCGGUGGAGAGAUUCGAGGCUAAAUUCAUAAACGUGAAAGGUCGAAGCAGAAGGGAGGACCAGACCUGCCAGACCUGCGAGGAGGCCAACGAUAAUGGCAACGACUUGUGCGAGAAUUUCGACGGCAUCCACAUCACCGAGGAUGAGGACAAUCGUCUCGUGAAAUCCGCGACCUACGGCUGUCCGAACCCCAGGAAGCGACAGCCCGUUCAUCUGAGGAGUUGCGCCCCUUGUCACUGCAGGGGGGAGAGACUGAAGAGGGCUAGGUGUGUUCACUCGGCCCCUCAUCACGGGGCCAAGAACAUCAAGAGGAAUGGGCUUCCCAACAAGAUCAUGGUGCCGAGACCCAGGACACCGUACGCCAAACGAAAUUUCUGCAUUGACACCUUGACACCACCGUUCACUAUUAUUGAGGGCUCCAGGGAUGCUGAUUAUCCGGAACACUGGAGACUCUCAUCGGUCUAUCAGCAGUCUUACAGAAAUCCGAAGAACCAAUGA